AUAAAUUUACAGAACAGAGACUGAGAUCCACUGCAACAAUCAUGGCAGCGAACAGACACUCCUCUCUCUCCUUCUCUUCUUCUCUCUGCUCCGUCGUCUUCCUCCCCAGAGGCGACUCCCUCAUCUACCUCGUAGCGCUCCUCUCCAUCUUCUCUCUCCUCGUCCACCACCUCUCUCUCGCCGACUCUCACUUCGAAGGCUUCGACCUUGACGACUCCGACGAAACCCUAGAAGACGACUCUCUCCAACUCCCCCAUCUCCCUCGCCGCUCUCCUCCUCCCACUCUCUCUCACUCCGACCCCGAACCUGACCCCGACUCCCAUCCAAUCCCGAUCCAAUCUUCCCUUGAUUCCGAUCUACCUCCCAAACCCUCCAAAACCUCGUUCGAGUACUGGGACGAAGACGAAUUCGAAGGCCUCCCCGUCGAACAAACCCUAGAAACACCAAAAUCUACCGAAAAUGUCACUCCCGUUGGUUCCGAUUCGGAUUCGGAAUCGAAAUUGGAUCAGAAGCCUGUUAAAGCUAAACAAUCGUUUGUGGUUGAGAUUGUGUGUGGUUCGUUUUUGAUUAUGUUUGGAAUCAAUUUUUUUACCGGGAAGAGAGAGAACGAGAACAUUGCGUUGGCUUGGGUCACGAAAUUCGCAGUCAAAGACUCGAUUUUUGAGAAGAAUUUUAGUUUGUUGGGUGUUGGUGAUAGUAAGGAUGAGGAUUCGCCUUUGUUGUUGAAGGAAGGACAGAACGUGUUCAAGUUUUAUGCGAGUGGGAGGCGAUUUUGUCAGGGGUUGUUGGCGACGAUGGAGCUUCAGAGCCGGCACGAUUUGAUAUCGAGAUUGUUCAAUAUGGUUGUGCCGUGUAAGGAUGAGAUUACAUUUGAGGUUUUCAUGAACGAUGAUGCAAUGGAUCAGGUGGUUUUUGCAUUGGCGAAGAAGAAGGCGGCGAAAACUAUGCAGAAGGAGGUGAGGGAUCUUCAAAGGUUUGCGAGUUUAGUAUCUCCGCCGAGUAAUAGGAAGUGGGUUGUGGAUGAUUUGGCUGUUAUUUCAGAGUCAAAGGAGGUGGCUGGAGAUUUGAUCACGGAGGUUGUGCUUGAGCAGGUCUUUGGUGACAAAGCUUUUGAGAAAUACGGGAAGGGUUUCAUCUCAAUGCAUUUUUCUGAUCAAUACGUGGGUGCACACAAGAAGAAGCUGGUUUUCAAGUUCGCUCUCCCUGAUGCAAAUCACAUGGCUGACAUGACUCGAUUGGUCGCUCUUGUUCCCCACUACGUUGAUUUAAUAGGCCGUCACAAGCUCAGUUCACAGGCUCGCAGCAAGACAGAAGCAGCCCGACAGAAGGCUGCCCAAGAGGCAUACAAAGAAUAUCAAAACGCUAGACAAGAAGCAUUGCAGAAAAAGAAGGCAGACCAGAGAAAGUUGAUGGAGGAGGCCGAGGCAAAGCUCAGUGCAGAGGCACUUCGCAAGAAAGAAGCUAAAGAACGUGCUCGCCAAAUGAAGAAAUCAAUGCCAAAAGUGAAGAUGACCCGUGGUCACUAGAACUGUAGUGUUCUGUUUUGCUCCUUUUAUAAGUCGGUUCUUAGUCAUAUCAUCAUUUUCUUAAAUUUCCAGUUGGGUUAAUUGGCUCCCCUUUCUUUCACGGCUGUGUACCUUUCUUUGUUGUUUGCAUUUAGUUAGUGUUCAACAUUACACCACAUUGUUGUGGUUUUUUAAUGAUAGUCCAAUUCAAUGCUGAUGAAACUUACUUGUUUGUAUUGGUCUGGGAGCAUGGUGUCAGUGUCAGUGUCAGUGUGCAGAGUUGGUCCUCCCAAUAUACUGAAUAAAUUACUCAGAAGUUGAGUUCAUUCAGAGGUAGCCAAUUCAAUUUGAAUUCUGUAGUA